GGAAGUCAAUGCAAUUUGUCUUAUGCAUACAUAGAACUUCUUAAGCCAUUGUUAUCAUGAAUUGGUUUUAGCAUUCUUAAAGAUAGAGCCAAGCCUGUUAUUCCUUCAACUGCUACUGCGCUCAGAAGUGGUAGUCAAGCAUUUUCUUCAUGGAAGCUCUGGCUGGGAUUCUUCUGGGUCCUGUGUAUAAAGUGAUUUGUGUGACAUACAAUUUGAUUGCCAAACAAAUAAGUUACAUUGUGAAAGGGGAGCAAAGGAUCCAAACUCUCACAACUGCAUUAACUGAACUGAAGGAGAAGAAGGAAGAUGUUAAUAGACUGGUAGAAAGAGCCGAGAUGGAUGGAUUAACUUGCACAAGCCAAGUCAAAGGAUGGCUGCAAAGAGUAGAAGCCAUUGAGAAUGAAGCAAGUUCCAUCCUCCAAGGUUUCAGACACCAGAGAAGCCAAAACCCUGGAUGUAGAUGCUGCUGUGUAAACUGUCGCUCUAUAUGCAAGAAGAGCAAGAGGGCUUCCAAGGCGCUCAGGAAAAUUCGAGAGCUCAAGGAUGAAGGAAAUUUUAAUAAUGUUGUGAUAGACGUGUUGCCUUCUGAUGAAGCUGUUGUGGAGAUACCUAGCAGGCCGACUGUUGGGCUCGAAGCAAUGUUAGAGACAGUUGGUCGUUAUCUUGAAGAAGAUGAAGUUGGGAUCAUUGGGAUCUAUGGAAUGGGUGGUAUAGGGAAGACUACCCUCUUGAUGCGAAUAAAUAAUGGAUUUCUUAUCAGAACACACCAUUUUGACGUGGUGAUAUGGGUUUCGGUGUCCAAGGAUUUUAUUGCUGAAAAAAUUCAACAGGCAAUUGGCGAAAGGCUGGGAUUGAAUUGGGAGGCAGCUGAAAGACAAGAACAGCGAGCUUCUCGGAUAUACAGGGUUUUGAGGAGGAAAAAAUUCUUGCUGUUGCUGGAUGAUAUUUGGGAAGGACUUGAUUUUGAGAAGAUUGGAAUACCUUUUCCAGAUAAGCUAAACAAAUGCAAGGUGAUAUUUACCACAAGAUCCAAGGAUGUGUGCAGUGACAUGGAUGCUGAUUGCAAGUUAAAAGUAGAGUUUCUAGAAGAAAAAGGUUCAUGGCUGCUCUUUGCCAAUAAAGUUGGAGGCAAGGAAUUUUUGGAGUCAGAUUCAAUUAGACCUCAUGCUCAGAGAAUUGUCAAGAAAUGUGGAGGCCUACCACUUGCUUUGAUCACCGUAGGAAGGGCCAUGGCUAAUAAAGAGACAGAAGCAGAAUGGAGGAAUGCAAUAGAAGUGCUGAAUAAAUCUCCCUCAGAACUUCGAGGUAUGGAUGAUGUAUUCAAUCUCUUAAAAUUCAGUUAUGACAACUUAGAGAAUGAUGCAUUAAAAUCAUGCUUUUUGUAUUGUUCCCUAUUUCCCGAGGACUAUUCUAUAGAGAAAGAACAACUUGUAGAGUACUGGGUUGGGGAAGGAUUUCUAGACAGCUCCUAUCCUAGGGAUGUCCAUGACAGGGGACAUGAUGUAAUUGGGUCUCUGGAAAUUGCAUGCUUAUUGGAAACUGGUGAACAGAGAACCCAAGUAAAGAUGCAUGAUGUUGUUCGAAGUUUUGCGCUUUGGAUAGCAUCUGAUUAUGGCUCAGAGACUAGUAAGUUUUUAGUGCAGGCUAGUAUGGGGCUAGUUGAGGCACCCAGAGUUGAAGACUGGGAAAAAUCCGAGAGAGUAUCUUUGUUAGAUAAUGGUAUCACAAAAUUAUUACAGAUACCAAAAUGCCCUAUUCUGUCAACGUUGCUGCUCCAAUGGAACAGUGGUUUGAGCAGAAUAUCAAAUGGGUUCUUUCAGUUUAUGCCAAAACUAAGAGUCCUGGAUUUAUCAUUCACCAGUCUCAGAGAAAUCCCUGAAAGCAUCGAUAGACUAGUUGAGUUACACCAUCUUGAUCUGUCAGGUACCAAGUUAGUUACAUUGCCUAAAGAGCUAGGAAAUCUGGCAAAAUUGAAGCAUUUGGAUUUGCAACGCAUUCAUACCCUUAAAGUGAUUCCCCGCGAGGCUAUAUCUGGACUCUCACAACUACGAGUCUUGAAUCUUUAUUACAGUUAUAGCAGAUGGGAAGUUCGUAAUACUGGCAAUACUACUGAGACUCAUGAAGUUGGGUUUUCAGACUUGGAAUCAAUGAGGCAUCUAGCCACAUUCGGUAUCACAGUUUCGGAAUUAGCAACAUUGAAAAGGCUAAUUGAUUUUUCUAGUUUGCUACAAUGCAUUCAAUACCUAUACAUAAAAGAAUGUAAAGGCUUAUUUCAUUUGAAAUUACCAUCAAAUUCCAGCAACUUGAAAAGGCUUAGCAUUAACAACUGCGGCGAUUUGGAGUACCUGGAAAUCAGCCCAGCGUCCGGAAAGAAGUGGCUGAAGAGCCUGCAGAUUCUUUCCUUGCAUGGCCUUCCCAGCUUGACCACAGUUUGGAGGAAUCCUGUGACCGAGGAAUGCCUACAAAAUCUUUGUUAUGUAAAUAUUUGGCAUUGCGAUAACUUGAAGAAUGUUUCAUGGGUUUUGCAUCUUCCAAGACUGGAAGUAAUUUAUUUGUUUUAUUGCCAAGAAAUGGAAGAUGUAAUUAGCAUGAACGAUCCAGAAGAGGGAGAAUCAAAAGCAUUUCCAAGCCUUAGAACAUUAUCCAUCCGAGACCUUCCCAAAUUAAGGAGUAUUAGUUCCUGUCCACUGUCUUUUCCUUCCUUGGAAAGACUAGCUGUGAUUGAUUGUCCACAGCUGAAGAAGCUACCAAUCAAAGCAGAAACCAACUCAACCUUGCCAACAUUAUAUGGUACUAUAGAAUGGUGGGAUGGAUUGGAGUGGGAGGAAGAUAGUACCAAAUCUGCUUUUCUUCCUCACUUCAUGGUAACUUAGAUGAGAAUAAAAAUCUUUUUGUAAUUGUCUGUUAUUUACAUUUUGUUUUUGUUUUUUUUUUUUGGCUUUUCUCUUCUCUUAUGGAAAUUUGAAAUACUAUCUUUCCCCU